UCAACAAACUAAAAUGGAAAAGUGAAGUAUUAUUUCAGUGUUUGACUGUUUCUGCUACUGCUGUUUGCUGAUUCGAUUCGAUUCAAAUGAUAGAUUCUGUAUCUGUUCUGUUUGUUUUGUUUAAAGUUUAAGGCAAGGUUAAAGGUUAUGUUGUUAGUUGUGAUAAGGUGUGUUUUGCAAGAGUGACAACUUUAGAGAAGUUUCUAGAAUAUUAUCUUGCGGUACAUUUUUAAAGUUCUGAACAGGUUAAAUCUCAUCAAUAUGCCUCGUAAAAUACCUUUUAGUGGAAAAGCAAAGAAACAACAGCUUCAAGAGAAAAAGACGAAAAAGUCAGCAUUUGACAUUCCAGGGCGACGGGUUCAGUUACUGAGAAAACCAGAAGGUGAUGACGAUGAUGAUGAUGAUUCGAUGAUCCAGAAAAUCAAUGAGCAGCCCAAAGUUCGUGGGGGAAAGGGGAAGCCUAAUAGAUAUGCAUUGCAGUUUUACAAGGAAACAGCAGAAGAAAUGAGAGAGAGGAAAGAACUGGCUCGAAAAGAACUUGUGCCAGUCCCAGAACCAGCUUUGGAGAUAAACUUAGAUGAUUAUUUUGAUCCAGCCUUGCACUUUCCAACGAGGCCGCCAUGGAAUUUCAACAUGAGUCGUGAAGAACUUGAAGCUAGAGAGCAGAGAUAUUUUACAGAGUAUAUCUUGGAUAUAGAGAAGAAAUUCAACAGACGAGAAUUGAGCUAUUUUGAGCUUAACCUGGAAACCUGGCGACAACUUUGGCGGGUUCUGGAGAUGUCGGAUAUUGUUCUGGUCAUUGUUGACAUCAGAUACGCUGCGCUGAUGUUUCCACCCUCACUGCACCAGUUUGUAACAUCUACUCUCAAGAAGGACAUGAUACUGGUGUUGAACAAGGUGGACCUAGCUCCAGUGCCCCUAGUGGUGGCUUGGACACACUACUUCCUCUCACGGUACCCGGGACUACAAGUGCUGCAAUUCACGUCCUUCCCUUCUUACAACUUGAGGGGCAGCACGCAGAACAAAGCUGGGGCAAAUAUCAGACGCAGGAAAGGAAGAUUGCGGAUGGCCGCUGAGGGAGCUCAAAAACUAUUUGAUGUUUGUAAAGCCAUCACAAGUGGAGAAGUUGACCUUACAUCGUGGCAAAAUAAAAUAAAAGAAGAAAUGAACUUGGAGUAUGAUGAUGAGGAAGAUGUGGAAGUUGAAGAAACAGUUAAUUUGAAGAAAGUGGAUACGUCAUUUGUAGAUCAUGAGAGGUUUAAAGGUGGAGUUUUGACGAUCGGAUGUGUCGGACAACCCAACGUAGGCAAGUCAUCUCUGAUGAACGCACUAAUGGGGAAAAAGGUGGUGAGUGUGUCACGGACACCCGGCCACACCAAACACUUCCAGACCAUCCAUCUGACAGCCAAUGUGAGGCUCUGCGACUGUCCCGGCCUUGUGUUUCCAUCCAAAGUGCCAAAAUCUCUUCAGGUGCUGAUGGGUAGUUAUCCCAUAGCUCAGCUGAGAGAUCCGUUCUCUUCCGUCCAGUAUCUCGCCGAGAGGCUUGAUUUGGUCAAGCUGCUGAAACUCACUCAUCCAGAAGGAGACUCUACCUGGAGUGCAAUGGAUGUCUGUGAUGGUUGGGCGUUGAAACGAGGGUUCCGCACUGCCAAGGCUGCUCGUCUUGACUCAUACAGGGCUGCCAACCACAUCCUACGCAUGGCUCUGGACGGCAAGAUAGCUCUCUGCCUCCGACCUCCAGGCUACCACGCCAAUAAAGAGUUCUGGUUGAAGCACGAGGAGCUGAAAGGCGUAUUGUGGGUGCAAGCGAGGAGUACGGACGAGGGAUACGAUGAGGCUCCUCACCACUUCAUAGACGAGGAAGACCUCUCUGAGGAGGAACAUUGCGAGGAAAGAACCGGCAGACAGUUAGAACAGGAGGAGAGAGAAAGCGAAGCGGGAGACGAGGCAGACUCUGAGGACUCCGGGGAGGAUAUGGCCAUUGGGAAUAAAUUCAACAUCUUGGCUUCUCCGGAUUAGUAAUUUUAGAUAGUGAAAUAAACAAAGACUGUUAUAAUAAAUGUUAACUAGAUUAUAAGUUAUCCUGCUUCGAGCUUAAAUCACCCAUAGCUCAAACAUUUCCGAUUGUAAAUUGAUUUAAUUUGAUUUAUCUCGUUUACUACCAGCCGUCACACUCAGAUUGAUCAGAGGGCUGUGGACAGUCAUAGUGAAUUAAAGCUGCUUGUAAAUUAUGUUGAGCAAUUAUGUCAAUUGUACAAAUUAAAAUUAACUUGAAAAGUAAAAGCAAAAACAAUGUUCCAGCUGCAGUCUGCAGUUAGCCACACAUUCCACAGCCUCAAUUCCCCAAAAUUAGACACACCUUCCAUUAUUGGCCGCUCCCUAUGCACACUUAAGUACCACUAAAUAAGCUAUUAAAUAGUUAUAUGUACUGUUGAUGUUUUAUAAACCUAUACCCUGUACUCAUUGGGUAGGCCUAAUCUCUUACCACAUGUUAGCAAAAUCAAGUAAUUCAGGACAAAAAAUUAAAACACCAUUCCGACAGGAUUUCAGUUUAAACCAUAGAUAAACUAGUAUUUGAUAUGAUUGCCAUAACAGAUAUAGCAUUGGCUAAUGCCAAGUAUGUUAAUGCCAAAAAUGUUGUAGACUGUUUGGUAUUGUUAAGAUGUUCUUAUUUGUAUAUAUUAUUUAUUUUUAAUUGAAAUGGUCAUUAAAAAAGUAUUGAAACAACUCAG